AUGACGAAUAGUACUUAUGAUAACUCUAUUGAACCUCUUAAUUCUUCGCGACGAACUAAUCGAGGUCAAAGUGCAAUUCAAGCUCAUCGUGGCGACGUACCAAGUAAACAUGAUGAAUAUUUAAUUCAAUUACAAGAACGAAAUCGUUUACUUAAAACAUAUCAUAAUCAACGUAAACCAAAAGAUAGUAAUUUAAAAAAACGUGAAACCGGUUUUCAAUUAUAUUUAAAUGGAGCACAUAGUGCGCCACAACGACGACCAUCAUCAAUUAUGAAUGCACCAACGAAUCGAACUAUAACUCCGUCACCGUAUUUUUCUGAUUUUUCAUUUCCAACUCCAUCAAAUACAACACAACAAAAUAAUUCACUACCAACAAAUGGUCGUCGUCAAUGGACACCAUCGACAAAAACAAAAAUAAAAACUGCUGACGGUUCUAUUAUUGCUGAUAUUGAUCAAAAUCCUAUUCCAAAUCAUAAUCCUAUUCUUAAUAAUAAUCCUCAAAUGCCACAUUCGAAAUCUUUAUUUAAUAAUAAACAAUCUGAACAAGUAACAUCUAAACGUGCAGUACAAUCAGCUGGAACACCUAAUCAAGCAUUGCCAAAAUCGGCAUGGGGUGAUCAUGUUAUUGAAUUAAAUGCUAGCCAAAUAAAAUCUAAUGGGUUGAAUGAUCAACUAUCAUUUUGUAAAAUGAAACCAGAUAAUAUUGAUCAAAGUUGGAUGCCAAAUUGGUUUUCUAAUACAAACUCAAAUGAAGAUGAAGUUCAAGGUAAAAUUUUUUUAAAUAAAAGACUAGGACAGUCAAGACCAUUUUUUUGCCUCCUACAAAAUUGA